AUCCAGAUUAAUUUUUGUUUUGUUCGAAUCUAGUUCCUAGUCCGUACCUUAUCGUUCGUAGAUCUAGACAAUCACUUCAUCUCUCACACAAAGAAAAAUACCUCCCUUGACGUAUUUUUCAAAUCUGAACCGGUCCACUGUGUGCGAGUGAAGCCUAUUUUAGCCAUUUUUGCCAUACCUAGUUGCAGCUUGACAGAUUAGUACAUUUAAGCUAGUGAACCAUUUGCAAUCAUGAAGUUGACUUCGUUUUUGCUCUUUUCCUUCAUCACAUCGCUCGUAUGUGCCGAAACCCAUACCUGGUGGUUCGAGACCGGCUGGGUCGAUGCCAACCCCGAUGGUACCUUUGAAAGAAAGAUGAUUGGGUUCAACAACUCGUGGCCCUUGCCUACUUUGAGAGUCAAGAAGGGCGACAGAAUCCAAUUGUACUUGAUCAACGGCUUCGAAACCGAGAACACCACUUUGCACUUCCACGGCUUAUUCCAAGAAGGUUCCAACCAGAUGGAUGGACCUGAAUACGUUACUCAAUGUCCAAUCCCUGCUGGCCAAACCUACUUGUAUAACUUCACAGUGACUCAGGUAGGUACUUUCUGGUACCAUUCGCAUACCCAAGGUCAGUACGGUGACGGUAUGAGAGGUGUGUUCAUCAUCGAGGAUGAUGACUUCCCCUACAAGGAUGACUACGACGAAGAAGUCGUCUUAACUCUUAGUGAGCACUACCACGACACUGCUACUGUCUUGGUUCCAAGUUUCUUAUCGAGAUUCAACCCUACUGGUGCUGAACCUAUUCCUCAGAACACGUUGUUCAACGAAUCCAGAAACGUCACAUGGCAAGUAGAGCCCAACAAGACCUACUUGGUGAGAAUUAUUAACAUGGGUGGUUUUGUAUCGCAGUACCUCUACAUGGAAGACCAUGAAUUCACCAUCGUAGAAGUAGAUGGUAUCUAUGUCGAGAAGAACACCACUGACUUGUUAUAUAUCACUGUUGCCCAACGUUACACUGUGUUGAUCACUACAAAGAACGACACAUCAAGAAACUACGCUUUCAUGAACAAGAUUGAUGACGACAUGUUGGAUGUAAUUCCAUCCGAUUUGAUUUUGAAUUCUACCAACUACAUCGUCUACAACCAGACGGCUUUCGAAGAAGAAGCUCCUUCUGAGUACUUCCUCGACUCUAUCGAUGACUACUUUGAUGACUUCUAUUUGAGACCAUUGAACAACGCUACCUUGUUGGACGACCCAGACUACACCGUUACUGUCGAUGUGGUUAUGGACAACUUGGGUAACGGUGUCAACUACGCUUUCUUCAACAACAUCACUUACACUGCUCCUAAGACUCCUACUUUGGCCACUGUGUUCGCUGCUGGUGACGACAACACUAACCCAAUCGUAUACGGUACCAACACCAAUGCUUUUGUGUUGCAGAAGGAUGACAUUGUCGACAUUGUUUUGAAUAACCAGGACACUGGUAAACAUCCCUUCCAUUUGCACGGUCAUGUUUUCCAAUUGAUUGAGAGACACGAAGAAAUUCCAGACACCGAAUCACCUGUUGCUUUCAACAUCUCUGAUCACGCUGAAUGGCCAGAGCACCCAAUGUCUCGUGAUGUUGUCUAUGUUAGACCUCAAUCGUACAUUGUGAUGAGAUUCAAGGCAGACAACCCUGGUGUUUGGUACUUCCAUUGUCAUAUUGAGUGGCAUUUGGAUCAAGGUUUGGCUUUAACUUUGAUUGAAGACCCUCAAGGUAUUGUUUCUGACAGUAGACAAGCUUUGACUGAUGACUUCAAAGAUGCCUGUUCUGCCCAUGGAAUCCCUCUUGAUGCCAAUGCUGCUGGUAACUCUGUGGACAUGCUCGACUUGAGUGGUGAAAACGUCCAGCACAAACCAUUGCCAAGUGGAUUCACUGCCAGAGGUAUUGUAGCAUUGGUCUUCUCUGUUAUCGCUGCUUUCUUAGGUUUGGCCGCUAUUGCCGUUUACGGUAUGGCUGACAUCAAGGACGUCGAAGAAAGAGUCGCUAGAGGCUUGGACGUCGACAUCGAUGAUGACGAUGACCAAGAAGAAGAAUCCAACGUUGCCAAUGAAGGUGGCUACACCCAAGCCAGCAACCAACAACAAUAA